UCAGAUCCAUGAUCAGAGUGUCCAAUCAACCUAUCCAUCCUACGAACUAUCUGCUCACAGUAAGUGCUCUUACUUACCUCUGGAAAACCCAGCAUCUCCGUGUCACUUCAUUGAUGUUCGGACGCUCGGGGAUUCCUAGAUCAAACCGCAAGCCGGCGUUUCACCAAUGCUACCACUUCCGCGUCUGUGAAACCACACUCUCUACAGCUGAACUCCUUGUAUUCCAGCCAGCCAGUCUGACAGUGUAUCAAUAGAAAAAAUACUUCUGAUUGUAUUAUUUUCUCAAAGGGUUUGCUUCCCAGUCGAAGUUAUGAGUUUUAAUUUGUUCACACUGAAUACGCUUGACUUCACUGUAGGACAAAGUUCACAGAUUAAAAAUAUGACCCUUAAUCGCCAGUGAACAGAAAUUUACAUUGAUCAAAAUAUAAAAUUUAAGUGAAAAAUUUUAAAUAUGGAGUUGUAUUCCUACAUGGUGUCAACCUCAUGGAUGUAAUGAAGCUGGAUCGACACGAGAUGUGAUCUUUUUAGAGCUUAAUACAGGUGAAACUUGAAAAAUUGGAAUAUUGUGCAAAAGCUAAUUUAUUUCAGUAUCUCAUCUUAGUGUAAUGUCCAGAAAUGGUCAAUUUUCACCUACAGAUUGACCUACAUGCCACUGGUCAUCUACAGACCUAAUUCUAUUCUCCAAGGUGGAUUUUACACUAUCUUCCUAAAAGCCCAGAAGGAUACCGCAACCUUGCUGACAUUUCAGGACAAACACGUUGUCAGCCUGUGUUCCCAAACAAAGCCUUCUCUGAUAACAUCGCAGGAGUGCCCACUCUCUGAAUAAAGUGAACAUUUUCAUGAAAUUAAAUAAUAAUAAUGUUUUGAUUAAUCUGUGCUUAAAUCAAUAAGGUUGAUUGAUCUGUGUUUGAAUUACUGAAAGUAUGAAAUGAAUUAUUACACUGAAUGAGUUAUAUAUAUGGUAAUCAGUAAUGUUUGAUAUGACAAGGCAAUUGUCACCCGCACUCAGACACAAGGACAAAUUAAAGUUAAACUCAUGACACAUAGAUAUUUCUUACCCCAGAUCAGAGCAUCAGGUAUCUCAAGAAGGCAUGAUGUCUGAGGUUUUCUUGGUAACAUCCCUUAACAUGGCAUGUUCCGAUUGGCCAAGAAUUCAUAACAUGAGAAUAUUAAAACAUAAUCACUCAGGUGAUUCAGCAGUCGCAUUCCAGCUUUCCAUCAUUCAGCAUUCAGUUCUAGAGAAAGACCCUGCUCAAAGCUGCCUACCGCUGACACAGCAAACGGUUCCAGCAGAACAAAGCGGAUAUUGUUCUGGCUCCCUAAGAGUCCUUCUAGACGCAAAUGGCUCCAUCCAUCUGUUGUGACCCAGAAAAAAUCUCUGGACUGGAGAGUCGGUGCUGCGGUCACCCUACAACCCUCGGUGCCAGAGGUCAUCUGACCUCUCUGACCUUCGGAUCCAUGAAGAGGGUCUUCCAAAGGGUGAGGUAGACACACACAUAGCGUCUGAUGCCUUUUUGAUACGAUCCAACUUCAUAGCUUAACGCAAACCAAAUUCUUUCCUUUUUACACCCCAAACUCAGUUCUUCUAGACAUGAAGGUUCUGAUAACCUCACAUUAACAUAGUCACCAUACAUCACAUUCCAUCCACCCAGAUCCAUCCAUCACAGUAAAUAUUAGUUAACUUGUCAUGUCUUUAAUUGUUUGGAAAAUAAAUUCUUACUUUUAUAAACCUGACUCUUUUCUUGAAUCAAGACGAAGUGUCCUACAAUCCCUGAAUAAACAAAGAAUCCUAGAAUCUUCUAAUUAACAUUCAAAGACCAAGCAGGUUGGUGUUCUAUAUUUAUAUAGAGUAUCACAGCUUAUUGGUCAUAGGUAAAGGUAAUAUAUUAAGCUUUUAAAGCACUAAAUUUACCAACCUUACGUUAGACUGAGAGACCAUCUAAUGGCUCAGGAACCGUUUGCAGGUGUUUCAGAUUCAUUUGCUGAUUAGAGUGUGACCCUUUGAGUCUAGAAUAUUGAAUCUUUUCACAAUAUUCUAAAUGUGAGAUUUAGAAUAUUUGGUUAGGGUUAUGGUGGUUAAAAGAUGCAAGCCAUAUAAUCAUCACAAUUACAAGGAGGAACAUUUUGCAUGUUCUCCCUUAAAAAUCAUAGAGAAGUUUGAAAUUUGUGUUGCAGGUGUGUUCCUACUGUGAGAGACAGCAUUUUUUUAUUGCAACACGCAUCACAUUGUAUGAUUUUUAAAUAAUGUUUUGUUUUUUUGCACCCUGAAAUCGCUGACACAAGCAGCCAAAAUGAGUUUCCUCUACAGCGUGUCUGGGCUCUCCCUUAGAGAUAGGGUAAGAAGCUCAGUCUUCCAGGAGAGGCUUAGAGUAGAUCCGCUGCUCCUCCGCAUCAAGAGGAGCCAGUUGAGAUGGCUCGAGCAUCUGGUUAGGAUGCCUUCUGGACACCUCCCCAGGCACAUCCAACCGGGGGGAGACUUAAAGGAAGACCCAGGACACUUUGGAGGGACUAUGAUCCUCUGCUGGACAAGGAAUGCCUAGGAUUCCCCCAGAGAUGUUUGCCAAAGUGGUUGAGGAGAGGGAACUCUGGGCCUCUCUGCUUAGGCUGCUGCCCCCGCAACCCAACCCAGGAUAAGCGGAGGACAAUGGAUGGAUGACAGUAUGUUUACUACUGUGUGAAUAUUUUGUGUACAUGUAUUUCAGAGACAUUUUAUAACAAAUUUGUCCCUCAAUUUCUCCACCUCUUCAUGCAGACACCACCUAUAAACCCACGUUUCCCCAUAAUUUCAUUCCACGAAUAAAAAGUUUGUGGGUGUGUUUGUACUCCGUCGGUCAUGAUGUCGUCGUCAGAUGUUUUCUGCAACACGUUCUCUGAUAUGCUCAGUGUUUGCUGCGCUCCUUUAUUUUUUAAUGAUCGGUCAAUCACUUUCAACAGACAGUAGAACAUUUGAAGGAGUAUAAAUCAGGCUCACCUCCUAUCACAACUCUAAGAGCAGCAUUUUGAAUCAGAUGGAGGUCUAUUAGAGAAUAUUUUAGACAUCCUGAUCAUAAGAAUUGUAAUAGUAAAGUUCUGAAUUUGUAUCUUUUUUCUGAAGAUUGAGAUGUCCUGAAGUAUUGAAAGUGAUGAGGCAAUGUUCAUUUGGAUCAGAAAAUAUUUAACGAUUCUUCCUAGUAACUGGACCUGGUCAAAAACACAAAUAUAAACCACAAUGAGUCAUGAAUUGAUCAUUUUGGAUUUACCUUUUGGAAAUUUUGCAAUUCCUUUGAUUGUUGCCUCAAUGUAUUUGCAGGAAUGUUGCAUCCUGGAAACCUCUACAACUGUCUGGAAUGUUUUGGAGUUAUGGAACUAAACUUCUUUCUUUUAAAAUGAUGAAUUGAAAUUAUUGCUUGGAAAUGAUCUUCACUUUCUCAGAUGGGUGGAAAGAUCAUUUCUGACAUUAUUCUCCUCUAAAUUAAUAUUGACGUAAAGGCUCCAGACUCGAGAACUAACACCUGAUUUUAGAGCUCUGCACUCGCGCUGAUGAUCAUAUAUAAAGUAUAUAAAGUUAAUUUCUUUGUUAGCACCUGUAAAACCUUAGAAAUAAAAGACAGUAAAUGUUCGGAUUUGAUUAAAACCGAAGCCAGAAAAGAAACAUGCUUUCAGUGUAUAGUCUUACUGUCAAGUGGACAGUGGAUGAACACGAGAGCCAGUCAUGGGUUACGUAGCAUGCUGACUGCAGGAUAAACUCGCCUUGCCUUUUUGGCUGACAUCACACUAAUUGCAGUUUACUUAAAGGGAGCAAGGCAGAGGAGAGUGAGACAGUUACCUCCUAACAGUGGAGCAGACCAUCUGGAAAUCUCACAUCUGGACACACUCAGGGAACAUGACUCUUCAGCCUACGAGCAUCCCCAGCUUCAACGUCACUCCAUCGAACACGGACCGUAACGCUACCAAUGACUCCUCCUGUCCAGAGCCAGAGGCCUGGGAAUGGCUCUACGCCAAUCAGCCUGUGUACAUUCUGAUCAUCAGCGUGUUGGGAAUCAUAUUCAACCUCUUUGUCUUGAUGGUGUUCUGCCUCCACAAGAAGCCGUGCACCAUAGCUGAGAUCUACUUAAGUAAUCUAGCUGCAGCUGAUCUGGUUUUGGUGUCCUGUUUGCCUUUCUGGGCAGUCAACAUCUCCAAUAAUUUCAAUUGGCCUUUUGGUGAAUUUAUGUGCAAAGUUGUUAACGUGGGCAUUAAAGUGAAUAUCUACUGCAGCAUUUAUUUUCUUGUCCUGGUUAGCAUAGAUCGCUACUUGGCACUGGUGCAUGCUCUGUCACACGGGAGAAUGCGCAGGCCUAAGUAUGCCAAACUAAGCUGUUUGCUGACUUGGGGCUUUGGCUUGUUGUUGAGCAUCCCCACGUUCAUCUUUAGGGAAGUGAGCUAUUUCCCGGAGUAUGAUGUUGAAGCGUGUUAUCUGGAAUAUCCAAACCUCUCAGUAGAGCUGUUUUUUGAUGGCUUGUUACUGAUACUCAGCUUCAUCGUUCCCAUUUCAAUCAUCUCAUUCUGCACGUUGAAGAUCAUUCAAGCUCUGAAGACUAAGGUGAUAGAGAGGUUCAACGCGGAGAAAACGGAGCAGAAAGCCACCACCCUGAUACUGGUGGUCCUCCUGGCCUUCCUCAUAUGCUGGGUGCCAUUCCACUUGAUCACCAUUUUAAACAUGCUGUCACGAGCCGAAGUCCUCGUGGGGUGUCACGUCUCAUCGGUGUUGGAUAUCUGCAACCAGAUCUUCACCUACCUGGGAUUCUUCAACAGCGUGCUCAACCCAGUCCUGUACGUAAUUGUUGGGAAGAACUUCAGAAAGAAAGUUCAGGAACUCGUAAAGCAGUGGAGCAUUAAAAGGACAAUAAACUCUGAGUCCACGCGCUCAAACUUAUCUUCCACACUCAAAACGCUGGUCUAGAACAUCUCUAGUCAACAUUCUCCUUAAAAUCGUACUUUAGCGAGAAACGGAGGAUUGUGAUGUACAGUAACUUUAUUAACUUGGUGAAUGAUUCAAAUGAUUUUAAUAUUUAAAGUUUUGUCCCUAUUUAUUUAAGAUCUAAUUUGUGUAGCAGGGCAUGGCAGUUGCUUCCUGGAGAAGAAACCUUUAUUUGUUUGCUGUGAUUGAUUGUCUAAUUGCUUUAAAAAAUAGAAAAUAUAAUAUUCUUUUAUCAUUAAAGGCGGCUUUUUGUGUUAUUUGUUAUAUAACCAAUAAACUAGACAAAAAGCAUGCUCUUUAAAUGUUGCAAAGCUUUUAGAUCCUAGCUGAGUGGGGAAAAUAAACAGAGGCAUCAAAACAACAGCUUGCUAAGUGUUUUUUGGUGUUUCUGACUCACCCUCUGCAAAGUAAAAAACAAUUUGGUCUACAAUUUUCCAGUUGCAACACACAUGCAACCACUUUUUUGUGGUUUGCACAGACAUUAACCUUCUCACUUUGCAUUUCUUUCUAGAAAGCAAUUUUAAUGGCCCAAGUGUUGACUCAUUGUGGGCUGUGGGCAAGGGUCCACCCUGAGGUACCCUCAAAGUGGAGUCGAGCUGUGGCAAACAGGAAAUCAAAUUUUACUGCACGUGCUGGGGCUCAAAACAGUUGUGGAACAAUUAACAUGCAGGCAGACACAGAAACCUAAAAUAAAGUAUUUGUCUAAGUGACCUCUUUUAACUU